ACAAAAAAAAAAGUAAAGUAAAGAGUCAGAGACAGAACAUCUUCAGUUGAGAGUCUCCAAGAGUUGUGUACUCAGACGAAAGCCUGUCUCUUUGUUUUGUGUUCUGUUUUUCUUUUCCCGUACAAUGGCGCCGGUGAAGAGUAAGGGAGAUGGAGAGGAAAAGGCACCAACUUCGUCGAGAGUGACUCGGAGCAUGGAUCGCCGAACUCGAAGUGCGACUCAACAAAACGGCGCUAAAGCUGCUGGAUCCGUCGUCAACAAGCAGGUGAAGAAGCUUGCGUCGCCGGCGAAGAGGAAGAAGCCAUCGACUGAGACUGGGAGAGGAGCUAAGAAGGCGAAGAAGGAAGAGAAAGCAUCUGGGGAAGUUAAGAAGGAUGAGGAAGAGGAAGAAGCUGCGGAGGAGGAGGAGGUUGGAGACUCGACGAAGCCCAAGAUUGUUAUAGAGCACUGUAAACAAUGCAAUGCGUUCAAGACAAGGGCCAUUCAGGUGAAGGAAGGUCUGGAGGGAGCUGUUCCUGGCGUCACCGUGACGCUCAACCCUGAAAAGCCAAGGCGUGGUUGCUUUGAGAUCCGAGAGGAAGGUGGUAAAACAUUCAUCAGUCUUUUGGAGAUGAAACGUCCAUUUGCUCCAAUGAAGGCUCUUGAUAUGGAAGAAGUCAUCGAGGGCAUCAUUAAGAAGAUCAAAUGAGAGACAUCUACAGAACUGCAAAUAGGCUCUUCUUUAGCCUAAUCUGUCCCUUUUGUUCCUACCAAUCAGAAUUAUGUAGAAGACUUUCUAGAGAAACUUCGGAUUUGUUAGGUUCCCUUUAUUUUUUCGGUAUGAGCACUGUAAGUGCUGUCUGGUUGUUUUUGCAUUGCAUGAUUGGCUUAGUUUGAUCUGUUCUGUUUGUGGGAUUAACUCGUAUGUGUAAGGCUACUUUGAUUCAUCUCGUUGCUUGAAGCAAAACCGAUUCGUGUUA